GUGUUUCUUUCUUAUUAGUGGCAUUCUGAGGUCUCAGGACGCUGGCCCAUUUAAAUGUUCGCGGCCCAUGAGAAGGGCAUCUGAGAAACCAUGGCGCUCCCUUUUCAAAAAGAGUUGGAGAAAUAUAAGAACAUUGAUGAAGAUGAGCUUCUUGGAAAACUCUCAGAAGAGGAAUUGAAACACUUGGAAAAUGUUCUUGAUGACCUAGAUCCCGAGAGUGCCCUGCUACCAGCUGGCUUCCGACAGAAAGACCAGACACAGAAAGCAGCCACCGGCCCCUUUGACCGCGAGCACCUCCUCAUGUACCUGGAGAAGGAGGCUUUGGAACAGAAAGACAGGGAAGAUGUUGUGCCUUUCACUGGAGAAAAGAAAGGGAGAGUCUUUAUCCCCAAAGAGAAGCCCAUGGAAACGCGUAAAGAAGAAAAAGUGACCCUUGAUCCAGAACUGGAAGAAGCUUUGGCCAGUGCCUCCGACACUGAGCUCUACGAUCUUGCAGCUGUUCUUGGAGUCCACAAUUUGCUCAAUAACCCAAAAUUUGAUGAAGAAACACCCAACAGUAAAGGUGGCAAAGGGCCUGUGAGAAAUGUGGUCAAAGGUGAAAAGGUCAAGCCUGUAUUUGAGGAACCACCCAACCCCACAAAUGUGGAAGUAAGUCUGCAGCAGAUGAAAGCUAACGAUCCCAGCCUCCAAGAAGUCAAUCUCAACAACAUUAAGAACAUUCCAAUUCCAACCCUGAGAGAAUUUGCAAAGGCUCUGGAGACCAACACCCAUGUCAAGAAGUUCAGCCUGGCUGCCACCCGCAGCAAUGACCCUGUGGCAAUUGCUUUUGCAGAUAUGCUGAAAGUGAACAAGACCUUGAAAAGUCUAAACAUAGAAUCCAAUUUUGUAACUGGAGCUGGGAUCCUGGCCCUGGUGGAGGCACUAAGAGAAAAUGACACCUUGACAGAAAUCAAGAUCGACAACCAGAGACAGCAGUUGGGAACAGCCGUAGAGAUGGAAAUUGCCCAGAUGCUCGAGGAGAAUUCAAGGAUCCUCAAAUUUGGAUAUCAGUUUACCAAGCAAGGGCCUCGAACGAGGGUGGCAGCUGCCAUCACGAAGAAUAAUGACCUGGUUCGUAAAAAGCGAGUUGAAGGAGACCGAAAGUAAAUUUCUACAAGAAGCGAGGUUUCACCGCGGCAGCCAUUUAAAAAUGAACAAAAGCGCUUCUCCCCCACCGGGACUAUUUUAUCAAAGGUUGUUGAUUUCCGUUAACCACAAAACUAAUAUUUAAGUUUUAUUCUUUUUUUUAGCACUACUUAUUUAUCUGGGAUUUUUAAAUACAUACGAUUGUCUUAUUUGCUCAUGGGCACCUCUGGCAACUUGCACCAGUGGACGUAGGCAGGUCUUAGUGGGUGACAACGAUCGAAAAGGAGUUAACCACUUUCAUAUUGGGUUGUCUCGCUUACAUGAACUUUUUAUAACCACUGAAAGGCGUUGAGUAUGUAAGUGUGUUUGUAACUGAUUAUGAUAGAGGCCUAUCUCUGUUUACAUGCAUAGCUUUGAGUUAGGCCAAAUACAGCAGAAGUGUUCUGCUGACCAUAUAAGAAGUUAGUAUUGCCAAUCUUUCACUGGGUGAGAAAUGCAACCCAAUUUAGCACAAAUUCUUAGUUCCAGAAAUAUCACUGAAUGCACAUGCCCCACUGAUCAAAAAUCAAUGGGAUCAUCUUCAUAAAAACAAGACAGCAUUAUGAUACUUUAACAUAGCCUCAGUAAAGAAGUAUAAAGUGUUUAUUAACCCACAAAUAUAGCUUCAAGCCAGACUCACGGGUAGCAAAAUGAAUUGGCACACCUACCUUUACUAAUUAUUCAACAUAAAUGCAAUCUUUAACAUGACUCUGAUGGAUAACUUUUUACAAAGCUGUUUUAAAAUUCUCCAGACAGGAUGGGAUAUUUUUAAGUUUUAGUAAGAGGGAGGUUUUGAAACAAUACACAACCAAGUAAAACAAUAGUGAUUGUACAUUAAUCAAGGCUGUCUGAUACACAUGACCGCGUUAUUUUGGCAAAUUUCAGAAGGAUGUAUUGCUUUUUCUUUAGUGUAACAAGAUUGCAGGAUAAAAGGUGAACAUUCAAGUUAAUUAUACCGAUUUUAGUCUACAUGGCAUGAUCCAUCCAGAUACUUGCAAACAUCAGGAAAACGUGUGAAGGACCACUUAUCCAGAUGUUUGUCAUCUCAAGAACGAAGGCUGUGAACGUACCAUGGCAAUGAUUGCAUGGUAGUAUGCAUUAAUCUUUGCAGAGGUCAGAUGCUGAAAUAAGGAAACAAGUGACUACAGCCUUUGGCCCAAGUGCACACGUCUCUGAUAACUGUCAGUGCCCAAAGCUGUAAUUGGUGGCACUCUUAACACUAGCUUUUAUGUCUCCCUUCCUUAUUCCCUUCUCCCUUUCCUUCCAACUCUUCUCCUUUUUCUUUUCUCUGUAAUGCUGAGUCUUGUAAAGGCGGGAUUCCUAGUGCUGGUAACAGAUGGAGCUAAAGGGGUUGCUGACUCUGGCAGAGGUGGGCCCAGCCCAGGAUUUGUUUAGCAAUUGAGUCUUCCUGCAUUGCUUGAUAGCAGUAAAACAGGUUUUAAAAAUUGAUAAAUUAAUUCACAUAUCGUUCUUGCUAUAGGUAGAGCACAUGGAAACCGUUUCAGAUAGAUAGCCUUUAUAAAAUUGGACAUUUACCUGUAUUUUAAGUUCUCACCUCUGUAGCCCUGAAAUUCUUUGAAACAUCUCAUUUUCUUGAGAAUACUUUACAUUUUGGGGGGACUAAUGAGCAGAACAUAUUGACAUUUUUAGAACCCUAAAAAUUCUUUAGUUUUCCACUACGUCUCCCUAUCUAUACCAAAAAAAAAAAAAAAAGCACAG